GAAAAGUGACGGUACGGAGAAGCGCCGACUCCCUCCCUCCCUCCCGAUCCUCCUCCUCCUCCUCGCCAGGUCCCUGCCCUUCACUGUCUCCAUAUAAAAGCGGUGCCGCCUCCCCGUCCCCCUUCGCUCCUGCGGACCUGCCGCGGAGCGGCCUUUCUCCCCCCCCAGAGCCCCGCAACCGCGGGGCGGAGUGAGGCGCUCGCGAUGACCACCCUGGUGGUGGUGGAUGUGGAUUCAGAGGCCUCCUGCAGCAUCUCCAACCCCACUUCCCUCUCGCCCAGCCUUUCGCACCGCUUCCUCGACAGCAAAUUUUACCUGCUGGUGGUCAUCGGCGAGCUGGUGACCGAAGAACACCUCCGGCGGGCUAUCGCCAACAUCGAACGAGGAAUCCGAUCAUGGGACACAAGUUUGACUGAAUGCAACUUGGAUCGAGAACUAAAACUUUUUGUGUCUCGCCAUUCAGCUCGAUUCUCUCCUGAAAUUCAAGAACAUGGAAAACCUGGAAAUCACCAAUAA